AACCUGGUGAGGUUCAUCCCCAACGUCUACGUCCUCGAUUACCUGAGGAACACACGGCAACUGCCGGAGGACGUCAGGGUCCGGUCCAUCGAGUUCCUGAAGAAAGGGUAUCAGCGGCAACCGUUCAAACACCCGGACGGAUCGUACAGUGUGUUUGGCGAUGAGGAUCAUGGGGGCAACACCUGGCUCACCGCCUUCGUCCUGAAGUCUUUUUCCCACGCGAAGAGGUACAUCGAUAUCGGGGUCAACGAGCUCGGUGCCCCCCUGCGUUGGCUCCAAAGCAACCAGCUGCCCUCGGGCUGCUUCCGCCACCUGGGCCAAGUCUUCUCCAAGAGCUUGCAGGUCCCACGUCCGUUCUCGUCCCUCGGUGAUGGCAACCGGGACCCUCAUCUCCCGGUUAAGACUCCCACCACAGGGCCCCCGCGAGCGAGCGAGAGGACCCGGGGAGGGGUGAGAGACGCGCUCACACUGAACGCGUACGUCUUGCUGGCGCUCUUGGAAACGCGGCACGGAAACACGGCGCAGACGGUCCAGAAGGCUCUGGACUGCGUGAAGGCCCACAUGGACGGAGUGACCGACACCUACACGGUGGCGCUGUUGGCCUACACGCUCACGCUGGCCGGGGAGACGGCGCUGAGGGACAACCUGCUGGCGGAGCUGAGAAAACGUGCCGUAAGGGAAGGCGACUCAAUGCACUGGGAGAGAAGCCCGGGAGCCAAUGCCCAGGGGAGCGAUCGUCUGGACUCAUCAGCGACCGAAGUGGAGAUGACCUCUUACGUCCUAUUGGCACUUGUGUCCACACCAAAGAUGUCAACCAGAGAGAUCCUGACUGCUUCCAACAUUGCCAAGUGGCUAAUAGGCCAACAGAACCCAAAUGGGGGCUUCUCAUCAUCUCAGGACACGGUUGUUGCCCUUCACGCUCUGGCCAUGUUCUCCAGCAAAAGCUACCGAGGUCCCACCAGAGCCACCGUGGAGAUCACCGACAAGGAUUCCUUCUCGCAAACAUUUCAAGUCAACGAGACCAAUCGUUUCAAGCUUCAGGCCGUGGUGUUGCCGGUCGUUCCUGCACAGUAUCGCGCCAGGCUCCAGGGUCAUGGGUGUGUCCACAUCCAGACGGUUCUGACCUACAAUGUGUGGCCCGGUCACUGGGACCCCGCCUUCGCCCUGACCGUGGUCACGAGCCCCGCACACUGCCCGGGGGCGGCUGAGAAGAGAAGGCUGGACAUCGACAUCACCCUCAGUUACACUAAAGCCGCGGCUCAUGUCUCCACUAUGGUCAUCAUCAGCAUUGAGCUGCUGUCCGGCUACACCAUCGCGGAGCCCUCCUUGUUUCUGGUGUUGCGCUCACACCUUCUCCUCUGUCGCUCUCUCUCUCGCUCUCAGCUUCACUCUCUGGGACUUGUGAGGAAAUACGAAGUGGAGGAGAAUCAACUGCACCUGUAUCUGGAUUCUGUCACCAACGAUCCCGAGACGUACAGAGUCACAUUGGCACAGGAGGUUCCCGUCGGCAACUUGAAACCCGCGGUGAUCAGGGUGUACGAUUACUACGAGACAGGUACCCGGGUACACCGCGCCCACAAGGUGGCACCGACAGCCUCGGCCACCGGCCCACCGGCCCACCGGCCACCGGCCCACCGGCUACCGGCCCACCAGCCAACGGCCACCGGCCCACCGGCCCACCGGGCACCGGCCACCGGCCACCGGCCGCCGGCCCACCGGCCGCCGGCCCACCGGCCGCCGGCCCACCGGCCACCGGCCCACCGGCCACCGGGCUACAGGCACCACAGACUGACCUGUGGGGAGAACGAUCCGAGCUUCUCCGGCCUCUCCCGAUACCCGAAGCCCCUCAUUCCCGGUGCCAUCCCGGUCCAUCUCCUUCGCGCCCUCUCCAAGGCCUUGACAUCCUUCCUAAAGUGUGGGGCCCGGAGCUGA